AUGGCGCUGCCUCUCCUCUUGAUUGCUCUUCUAUGUAGUGCUGGCAGCGAGGACUGUGGAUCAGAGGAGUGUGUGCUGGAGGUGUUGCAGCCGACUCACACAUGUGGCGAGUGGUGCAAGGGAGCCGAGUCGGCAACGUGCACGAUAAACCAAAGCCUGAUGCCAUGCCGGGGCUCUUUCUGUGAAACCAGCUGUUUGCGAUGGUCUCGAUCAGUCCUGGCUGAUCUUCGGACAUUGAAGGUCACGUGCAGAGAGUUUUCCGACUUUGCAUCAUACCCUCGAGGCGCUUCGAUUUGCAAGGAGGAGUGUCUUCUUCCAGAGAUUCGACCCGAGCGGUAUCCGCUUCCCACUGGUGUGGGUUUGCUUUGCAGGCCUGACUCUUGCGAUCCAGCCGUGCAGCAAAGAUACGGGAGUGUAGCCUGGGCCAAGACGCCUGGGGUGGUUGAGCUCGAGUGCCCUUGCAAUUGGUUCGGGUCCGACUGCCAAGACGAUUGGGUGCCCGUUCUUCGAGUCGAGAAACAGGCGUUGGGAGCCUUUCAGUUGCUCCAUUUGCACGUGGAGCCGCAUCUUUGGCAUCGCCUCAUGAAGGAUUACCGGCCCGGCAGUAUCGUCAGACUGCAGAGUUUGGAUGCGAAUGGUGUCGCCCGGGAGCAGCCCUAUGCUCUCGGCUUUGGCAGCGACGGCGCCGAGGGUAGCCUCGAGAUUCUGACUGGGCCCCCACCAGAAGGCCUGAACAGCGUGGUUGUGGAGGUAGCGCACGCCGUCCGACAACUCACGCCGGGACCGGUUCAGGGGCUCUUCGUGAACCCCGCGAUCGCCGGUUUCUUCAAUGGCCACUACCGCUUCCUUUUUGAGUCUCUGGCCUCCACGCCCGAGGUGCGUCGCGUGGUGCUGGUGUCCUCCGGCGUGGGCUUAUCUGGCGUGAAGGCUGCACUCUUGCAGUUGCUGGGAAAGCCGAUGGACCGGCCUCUAGAGAUCCACCUCUUCUAUGGGCUUCGGGGCAUCAUGGAUUUGCCUUACAAGGAGCAGCUGGAAUCUUGGGUUCUGGCGGGCCACCUCAACCUCACGCUGCUGGUUUCAGGUCAGCGCCAGGGUGUCGAAGGCGUUCUCCAAGACGCAGUGGAGAGAGGUGUGGCAAUGACGAAGAUGUUGGCUUCAAACGCUGAUGCGCUUCCGGCGCGCCUUAGACAGCUGCUGCCGUCAGGAAGGCUGUAUCCCCAACAAGCACUGGCGAUAGAACUUGCGGCAGGAUCUCUUCGCUCGGCGUCGCUCCGAGACACCGCCGUUGUGAUCUGUGGACGCUAUGAGUUGCUGCGGGACACGCCGACAGCCUUGCAGGCAGUGUGUCGGAUGGACGAGGCGUCCUGCGCCGCCCUUGCCAAGGCACGCGUAAUUUGCCCGCUUUGUGACAUGGCGAGAGAGGCAGAGGCUCUGAAGCAUCGGCCUCGCGGCGCUGCCCUGGGCAGGACCGAUUUGCCAAGGCGCUUGUUCAGGAGUCCUUGGAUUGAUCACCUGGACCAGGAGUACAUGAAGUGGCUCUUUGACCAGCUGGAAGGUCCAGUCUAUGCCGUUCACGGAUGGGAAGACCGCGACGACAUCACCGUUGUGGACGUGCCACAGGACUGCAUCGGAUACGUUACGGGCAACCGACGAGCUGCCUUGGGCGGCAUCGAGGAGGAGUGGGGCACCUUGAUGUUCUUCAUGAACAAGGAUGGCGGUAGCACCAAAGGUCGAGGCCGCGGCGGCUCAGAGCAGCUGGCGAUUUUCGGUAGCGAGCGCUCGAGGCGUGGUGCUGAGCUCAAGGUGAUGAGUGCUGUGGAGACUAAAGCUCCUGGAACUUUCACUCGCGGCAUCCGCGAGAAGUUCAGUGACGAGAAGGGCUUCUCCACAGACCGCAUGAUCUUCAGGGACGAUGAGUUGAGCUAUGCUCUAGGAAAAGAAGGCAUGACCCUCAGACGACGUGCUCGCGUCGCGCUAGGCUUCGCCCCUCUGCAGUUUCUCAGCUCCACCAGGAAGAAGUUGGCUCUAGCAGCCAAUGCCAGCGCCCUGAGCUAUUCGCAUGACACCGAGGUAUCCUUGCAGGAGCUUGGCGCCCAAACUGCCGCGGUGUCGUCAUGCUGCGUCUUCUGCAAGGUACCGUUUAAGGACAUGGUGUUGCGAGUCGGGCGGCGCUACGAGGUCAAGGUCCUUCACUGCCUUCAUUCGGCGUGUGGCAGAUGUCUCGAAGAGAUCCUCACCACAGGUCAGGAGGUUUUGUGCCCUGUGUGCGACCACCGGAUCAAAGAGCAGGACUACCACAAGUACCUUUGCAACUUCGCAGAAAACCAGACUCUGGACUACCGGGCCGCGGGUUUCACCUCCACGCCGCUGAUCACCUGUGACGAAUGCGUAGAUGCAGGUCCAGCCGUACAGUACUGUGCACGCUGCGUGCGGAGGCUCUGCGCCGAGUGCGCGGAGCACCACCGACGUUCGAGAGCCUCGGCCUCCCACGCGCUGACGGAGUUGACCGCCAUGGCAGAGGCGGCAGAGAAGGCGGAGGCAAAGGAGUUGACGGAGGACUCCCAGCGCUCCUCGUCCCGCUCGUCGCCUUCAUCACUUUCCCUGCACCGGCUUCCCCUCUGUGCAAUCCAUCGACGAGAGUUGGAGUUCUUCUGUGAAGACUGCAGCAUGAUGUGCUGUCGUGAAUGCAUACGAGAAUCGCACGAGACCCACGUCUACAAGCUCCCCUCAGGCAGUCUUGUGGAGAGGCAGCGACAGGGGCUUUCCGAGAAUGCGCAGCAACUGCAGGGCCUCUUCUCAUCGCUCCAGGAGCGACGCAGGACGCUGUCAGAGAACCUGCAGAGCUGCGAAGCUGAGUUGGCGAAGGCGUUACAGAACAUCCGACACUUGGAGGGGCAGGUGAAGGAGGCCCUGCAGCAACGGCGGAUCCAGAUGCUAGAUGAGGUGAAGGCAUUUCGAGACCAACAACGCGAGUCACACGAGGCACGUCGGGCCUCGCUGGCCUCGCAGCUGCUCACCAGGUGGCGAGCCAUCGACUUCCUGGAGAAGGUCCUUGCUCGUGGCACGAAUUGCGAGGUGCUGCUUCUGACGGGCUACAUCUCGGCACAGCGGUUGCUGGGGCAAGACGUGCUGGCCUCGAAGGUCGCAGAGCUGGCACUCUGCGCCGCUCUGCGGCCCAAGCAGCUUCCCGUGAAGUGGUCAGGCGACGUGGCUGCUGCGGCCCACGAGAUCUCGCAGAUGGCGGCGGUGAGUACGCAAGGCCGUCACGCAGUUGAAGCAAGCCCGCUUCAAGUGGGAGAGCCACAAAUGGAGGAAGUGUCGGAGCCAACACAGGCAGCCGAGGCCUUCGAGAGUCACGAACGGCAGAUUGUUUCUCUGCAAGAUGCAGUCCCUGCCCCUGCUCCACAGCCCAUUUGCUUGUCUCAGGCUUUGGAGCCAAGACAAGCUGUAACUUCCGCGGGGCCGAGAGAACAAUUUGUCCGUCGCCCGAAGAGCGACCAGGAAAUCCGAGAAUGGGGGCUUGGCGAGCUACGGGCGGUGCUUGGCCUGGAGGGUGAUGCGUUGGGUUGCUUCCGUUCUCCCUGUGGUAUGGCUGUGGACAGCUCACGCCUCUAUGUAGCAGACACAUUGAACCAUCGGAUUCAGAUCUUUGACAAAGUCACUCUGGAGGCACUGGGUGUUCUACGGCUGCCUAGCUCAGGAGACGGUCCAUCCAGCCUGAGCGACCCCAGUGGGAUGUGCUGUGUAGAAGUGAAGGGCAUGACCAUUCUUGUGGUGGUCGAGUAUACCCUUGACCGAGUGCUCCGAAUUGAGUUAGGGCAAUUGCCUCAAGCAGCAGCUGUCCGAGAGCUGGCACCGGGCACUUUCUACGGCCCGUUUGGAGCAGGAAUCUCGCAGGGCCGCGUUGUCAUCGCCGACAGUUGCAAUCACCGCUGCCUGGUUCUGACGCUCAACGGCCAAGUCCUCUUCGAGUUCGGAACUCGUGGCCAGGGCAGAGGCCAGUUCGAUUACCCCGAGUGCCUGGCCGCUUUCGCCGAUGGUCACGUGGCUGUGAGUGACAAGGACAACCACCGCAUCCAAGUCUUCGAUGGAAACGGCAGCUUUCAGCAUCUGAUUCCCCGAGACUGGGCGCCCGAGUCCGAGGGCCAUCUCGGGCCCGGGCGACUCCGUGCCGGAGUCUUACGGGGACCCAUGGGAAUGUGUGUCGAUGCGCGCGACCGCCUCUUCGUGUGCGACUGCGGCAGCGACCGAGUGCAGAUCUUCAGCCGUCAAGGGGACUUUCUGUGGAGCUCCUGUUCUGCGACAUGGAUUUUCCGGUCGCCGACUGCCAUGGCGGCAGACGAGCACAGCCUCUACGUGGCUUCGGACCAUUGUGUACAGAUCUUCUGA